CCAACUUACGAACUUUCUUGCUAAUUUAAAAACAGAGUACUAGCCGUACCCAUCUUUCGUUUCUUCUCGAUUUGCAACUCUGUCAAGAGCAAGUUUACUUCCAUAUUAGAUACUUUUCAAUCCUAGACAAGUCCAAGAAAUGAGUGAGUGGCCAUGAUCGAAGCAACCCUCCUUAUCGUGUCCAAUACCAAAUUCCGCAGCACAACAAGUACACAGUUAUGACCAUUCCAAGUUCUAAUGGUUCACACGGCACAAUUUCAACUCUCCAAGAGGACCUCGACAAUUUAAGAGUCCAUGGCCCAGAGAGAGUGAGAGAGAGAGAGACUAGAGAGCAUACAGAAUAAAUACCAGAAACAGAAGAUUUUGAAAUCCAGUUAUAUCUGUAACUGGACACCUCUAAGUCGCCAAAAACCCAUUUCCUAAUACUUCAUUUCAAGGUAUCCCAUUUGUUCAGAUUUCAUCCUUUUUUUUCACUCUGAACAAAUUUCAUCGACCAUCAUGAUCAAGAGAAUUAGAGGGUUCAGGCUUGGACGCAAGAAACUAGCAAGAUUCUUCAAAUGGAUUGCCCAACGCAGAAGAGAACCAGCUCGUUUGUGCUCCAGGGACCACCCAAGAAGGCCCUGCAAUUCCAUUUCCAAAAUCUUGGACAUGGCUCGAUAUUUUACACGUGGAGCUAAAACUCUCUGUUUUCCAAAUUCGGAUCCGGGUUAUAUCAAAUUGGGUCAUGCGAAACCAAUGGAGGUACCCAAAGGACACUUGGCUGUGUACGUGGGCGAAUCAGAUGGAGACACGAGGAGGGAAUUGGUGCCUGUCAUUUUCUUCAAUCACCCUCUCUUUGCAGAGCUAUUACAGAGAACGGAGCGGGUAAACGGGUAUAAUCAUUCGGGUGGGAUUACUAUACCGUGUGGGUAUUCGGAGUUUGAGAAGGUAAAGACGAGGAUUGCCGCCUGGGAAAAUUGCCAUAAUAGUAUAUGGACGAGGCAUUAUAAGUAUUGGUGAUAUUUAAUGUCAUUGGUGGGUUUUGAGCUUGCACUAAAAAUAUUUUUAUCAUCCUUUAAUGAAAAUUAAAUUCCAUUAGUUUUCUGUGAAUGGAUGAAAUAAAAUGAUUGCUUUUAG